GAACUAGGAUAUACUUAUACAUUUCAACUAAAUAUGUAGCCUACAGUGUUAUGGUCACCGAUAGACAAUGUGGACUCAGUUGACACACUUACACUGAAAUAGUCAUAUAGUUAGUCAUGGAGACCAGAGGUUCUAGCUGUGGCUGUGCAAAAAAUCUACACAGACAGCGCUUCCGAUAAGGUGAAUGGUCUCUAACGCACGAAGAGGUUUAGAGGUUGGCUGCAUCAGCGCAUCGCCAGUUCAACACCCACACCCUUGUAUGAUCUCGGAGACAGCAGAGACAGAACAGAUAGACCAGAGCGCUAGUGACUCCAAAGUCCAAAUCAUCGCUUUGCCGUCAGAACAGUUGAGUGAAUUAUCCAUAUAGAUGUUGCUCAUUCAAAAUGUCAUAUGUUGCUCUUUCCUAUUCUUUUAAUCCAUAGGGACAUUUUCCAUCAUGUAAAAUGCACUGUUAACAAUCGAUAUAAAAAACAUAUUUAAUUCCAUUAAAUUAUCUCCUCUGUACAUCUUGUAAUAGGGGAAGACAGAGGAUUCUGAAGUUAGUGUGGAGUGGCAGCCUGGAGUUAAGGGAUUUUGUUAAUCCCUCUUGGAGCAACCUCCGUAACCUUAUCAUCCACAAAUGACCUAGUGACUUGAGUGUUACACUGGUGUCCUGCCGGUGAGAGAGGGUGAUUUUUGGGGUAAGGGGUCUGUCUGUAUUGUAUCUUUAGUGUCCAAAAUGUUGGAUUUGUAAUUUUCUUGUCUGUUUUGUCGACAGAUGGCAGCAUUUCAUUAUUUAUAGAAUGACGAGAACGGCGGUGUCUAAAGUGGCCUCGCCAUGGCAGAGGCUCCAAACCUUAUAUCAGUGGAUCCUGGAUAAUGGAGACAAAAGGACAGAUCCAUGGUUGUUGGUGUACUCGCCCGUCCCCAUUACCUGUAUCUUCUUGUGCUACCUCAUAAUCGUGUGGCUCGGACCAAAGCUUAUGGCAAAUAAGCAGCCGGUCAACAUCAAAGCCAUCCUCAUCGUUUACAACUUCGCCAUGGUGUGCCUCUCUGGCUAUAUGUUCUAUGAGUUCACUGCGACCUCCUGGUUGGCUAAUUACAGUUUGAUGUGUCAGCCAGUGGACUACAGCAACAGUCCAUUAGGGAUCCGGAUGGCCAAAGUGUGUUGGUGGUUCUACUUCUCUAAAGUCAUUGAACUGAGCGAUACAGUGUUCUUCAUCUUAAGGAAGAAGAACAGUCAGUUGACAUUCCUGCACGUCUACCACCACUGCACCAUGAUAUUUAACUGGUGGGCAGGUGUCAAAUAUGUGGCUGGAGGCCAAUCUUUCCUGAUUGGACUCAUCAACUGUCUGGUCCAUGUGGUGAUGUACCUGUACUAUGGGCUGGCUGCCUGUGGCCCCCACAUGCACCCGUACCUGUGGUGGAAGCGCUACCUGACCUCCUUGCAGCUGAUUCAGUUCUUCAUUGUUACUCUCCACACAACCUACAACCUCUUUGCCGACUGCAACUUCCCGGACUACAUGAAUAUGGUGGUGGUGGCUUACGCCCUCAGCCUCAUCGCGCUCUUCAGCAACUUCUAUUACCAGAGCUACCUUGCCAAAAAGACCAAGAGGGCAUGACAGCACGUGUGGAAAUACCCCAGCCACAGAUCUCCCUCACCUGACACAGCACUACACACUCGGAGAUGCUCAAAGUAAAUAUGUAUACACCUUGUGGAAAAUAAACAACAUGAAAUGACA